CGGGCCAAACAACUUAUUUCAUCUACAUAAGCUCGAUGCGAAUUCAGGCUCUGUAUGAUCGACUGUUGAAAUAAAUUUCGAUAUAAUCGCUGCUUGAGAUAACCGCUACUCAACUCCGCACGUUCAUGAUAAUGCAUGCUCAAUAAGGAGAAAAACGAGGACCGAUCUCAUUCUGUCAACAUCCUUUUUCAACGUGUCUAUCUCGCUCACUACUUAAGAUAUCCAAGAUCAUUAUCCUCUGACCAUCACCCCAUCCUCCACCCCACGCAGAUAUGUCUCAACCCAUUCAGACUACGAUACAGAAUCCCCAGAACUUUUGCGAUUAUUGCCACGUCAAGCCGAAAUUUGGACAGUUCAACUAUUGUUCAAAGACUUGUGCUGCUCAAGCACCGUCGAGGAUUAAUAUUAAUGCACCUGUGUCUUAUAAUAAACCCGCCACCGCUGCCGUGAAGCCUCGUGCACAACCCGCCGCAACCAAUAUGUGUGAUUUCUGCAAGAAAGUUCCGAAACACCCCGGGUACGACUUUUGUGGAAAGAGUUGUGCCCAAGGCGCGAAGACUGGUUCUUCCACUAAACCGACGUUCAAAUCUCCGCAAACUUCAUCAGCCCCGAACAAGCCUAAUCCUGGUAACAAGGGAUCAUUCAAUGCGAUAGCUCAAGCUGCUACUGCAUUGGUAGGCAGUACACCUGCCUCUAUAGAUCCAACCCAGAUUGCGAAUCUCGUGGUGCAACAGCUGCAAUCGCUUCUUCCUCCAGCGUCUUCUGCUUAUCCCACUAGUACGGCCCAAACUACGUCUUUGUCGACUAAACAAACUUUUCAACAACCCACAUCAAAUGCUCAGCCCUCGCUUCGUGUCCAAACUCAACCUGACUCCGAAGCACCUGUGGAGUGUCUUAUACCGGGUUGUGGGCAGCCCGUCUACAUAGAUGCCAAAGGAAUGAAACCAAGCGCAUAUUGUUCAUUGCGACACCGGCAGGAAGCAGUGGACUCAGGACUGGCAUCGCCCUGUAUCUUCUGCCUUCAGCUCCCACAAAGCGAGGCGGAUUACUUCUGUAGCAAGGAGUGUCGGGAAGAGUCAUUGAACAAGGAGAGAUAUAAUGAGAUAGUCGACGAGUAAAAGACAUAGGAUUUCGUACGGAAUACGCUGGUAAUAUUAUUAGUGAUCUGGAGGUAUACUAAGAGGAUCGGAUUACCGAAGUAAUGGAAAAAAAACGAUAAACUGAAAGAAUUAUAGUAGCUACAGAGAUGUUCAUGGGAAAAAAAACAAGAGAACGAGGCGAUGGAUGUGAUACAGGAUCUGGGUAUAACAAGAGCAAACGGAACGAGAGAGGUGCAUGGAUGAUUAAUCAUGAAUCAAUCA